AUGCCGAGGCCCUACAGCCCCUACAACGGCUCGGAACCCACGAGGACAUGCUACCUCGACAGGGAAAACACCGUCGCCGCGCCGGACAUCUACGCCUACGACGGGGUGCCGCGGCACAUGCCAGCGCCGCUGUUGGGCUCGUACGAGCUCCUGCGGAUCCGCGACGACGUAUGCUUCGACCGGUUCGGGCGAUACGGGCCGUACGGCCUCGGCUACGGCCCCGCGCUGGGCGGCGUGGGGUUCGAGAACGAGACGGAGCACGCGCACUCGGAGCACGUCUGGACGGGGACGGGCCAGAUCGACUACCGCCGCGUCGACUGGGCCGACGCGCAGCAGCGAUGCCGCGACGCCAACAACGAGGCGAUGAGGGGGAGCGAGUCGAGGACGGCCGUCGUCGUCCGCGCCUACGAGGGCUACACGUGGACGCCCAUGGCCGUCCUCAACCUGCGCGCCAUGGUCACCGAGCUGGCCCUCAAGACCGGCGGCGCCUACUCGGUGCACGUGCUCCUGCAGGUCAAGGACGCCCGGUUCCCCGUCGAGGCCGCCGCCGACCCGACCGUCCGGUACGCGUACCUCGCCCGCCACGGAGUGCCCGCCGAGUUCCGCGGUCUGGUCACGCUCUGGAGCGAGCCCCAGAUGCGCCGCGCCUACCCGGGCGACUUCCCCCCGUCCUUCCGCAACCCGACCGGCAAGGGCGUCCACGACGUCUACCGCAGCCCGCACCUGGCGCUGCAGGAGUUUGCGGAGGCGCACCCUGAGUACGCGCACUUUUGGAACUGGGAGCUCGACGCGCGCGUGCUGGGAAGUUACUUUGAGAUGCUGGAUGGCAUCGGGCGCUGGGCGGACGCGAGGCCGCGGGAGCUGCUGUGGGAGCACGCGGAGCGGUAUUAUAUCCCGCGGCACCACGGGUCGUGGGAGGACUUCACGCGCGCGGUACGGAAGCAGCAGCGGGAGAGUGGACGGCUGGAGCUGCCGCCGGAGCCGCUGCGGGCCGACUGGCGGACAAGGCUCGAGGACGGUGGCGACGUGCUGCCGGCCGACUGCGCCUGGCAGCCCGCUACGUGCGGCGUCGGCGAGCCUGCGGACCUCGUCACGCUCAGCCCCAUCUUCGACGUCCUCGGGUCGUCCUGGUUCUUCGCCGACGACGCGACCGGGUAUCCGGCCUCGCUGCGAGCCACGCUCCCGCGGCGCGCGGCCAUCGUGACCGCGGGGCGGUACAGCCGGCGGCUGCUGGCGGCGAUGCGCGAGGAGGUGCGCGGCCACGGACGGACCAUGUUCGCCGAGAUGUUCCCCGCGAGCGCGGCGCUGCACCACGGGCUGAAGGCGGUGUACGCGCCGCACCCGGUGCACGCGGGGCGGCGGUGGGAGCGCGCGGCGGCGGUGGACCAGCACUUCAACAGCGGCGCGCGCGGGUCGACGUCUGGAAGGGGCGGUCCGUUCAGUCUCUCGACGGAGAGGGUGCAUGAUGUGGCGAGCUGGUACUACAGGAGCAGCUUCGCGCAGAGCCUGUGGCGGCGCUGGCUGGGGUACGGGGAGGACGGAGGUGAGGAGGAGGGCGGACGGAUGUGUCUGCGGAGUAUGUUGCUUCAUCCCAUCAAGCAUGAGCAUCCAUCGGAGUGA